UGGAAAGCCGAUCCAGUUCCAGUUCUUCCACACACCCCCACCCCUCUCCCUCUCCGGCGAGAAGAUGGCGGCGGUGCAGGUCGCGUCCGCGCUCUCCGUGCCGCUCCUCUCGGCGCUGCUCGGCGGGGCCGUCGCGCUCGUCUUCCUCGCCGGCUACCUGCGCCGCAAGCGCGCCGACAUCGCGCACCUGCCGCCCUCCGCCGCCGCCGCCGCCCCGGACCUGCCCAAGCAGGUCCGCCCCGCCGGCCAGAACAAGAAGGGCGGAGGGCACGCCCGCGUCCACCACCACCACGCCUCCGCCGCCGACAAGGAGGCGGCGAAGAAGCACCACCACCUCGACGUCAACACCCUGAGGGGCCACACCGACUGUGUCACCGCGCUCGACUUCUCCAGCGAUGCCUGCAACCUAGCCACCGUAUGCGCGGAUGGGGUUGUGAGAGUGUUCAGGAUCGAUGAUGCCUCAAGCAAGAGCUUUAAGAUUCUGAAGAUAAACUUGCCUGCUGGGGCACAUCCCACUGCCAUUGCUUACUCAGAAGGGUCAUCAUCCGUUGUUGUGGCAGCACAGGCGCUGUUAGGCUCGUCGCUCUACAUGUAUGCGGAUGUUGGUGCUCCUCCAACUGGUGGAAACAAACAGCAGGGCAAGCUUUCUCCUCCUGAGAUCAAGUGGGACCACAAGAAGAUUCACGGCAAGGAAUCGGUGCUGAACCUUGCGGCAGCUCGUGCAACUCAUGGGACUGGUGAUGGGAGCACAAUAGUGAUUUCUUGCUCUGAAGCAACUGAUAUCAAAAUAUGGCAUGGAAGGAGUGGCAAAGAGUUGGGAACAGUUGACACUAAUCAGUUGAAAAACAACAUGGCUGACAUAUCCCCAAAUGGCCGCUUCAUUGCUGCUGCAGCUUUCACUGCUGAUGUCAAGGUGUGGGAGAUUGUUUAUUCGAAGGAUAGUUCAGUGAAGGAGGUUAACAGGGUCAUGCAGCUCAAGGGUCACAAGAGUGCUGUCACUAGUUUGUGUUUCACUCCGGAUUCUGAGAAGAUUAUUACUGCGUCGAAAGAUGGUACCAUCCGGGUAUGGAAUAUCAAUGUAAGGUAUCACCUUGAUGAGGAUCCCAAAACCUUGAGAGUUUUGCCAGUCCCUCUGCAUGAUUCAAAAGGCUCUACUUGCCUGUAUGAACACAUGGGCAUCUCCCCAGAUGGUAAAGUUCUGGCUGUGACAAGUGGAUCGACGUUGCAAUGGCUAUGUGCAGAAACUGGUGUGGUUUUGGAUACAGCCGAGAAGGCCCAUGAAGGUGCUAUUUCUGGCAUUGCGUGGGCUCCACGGACAAUUCCAAAUGGUGGUGCUCCUGCGUUCAUUCUGGCGACUUGUGGGGAUGACAAAAAGGUGAAACUGUGGUUAGCUCCGGAGGUGAGCUCGACAUGAGCGUCUUCUGCUAGAUAGCUUCCCUGAGGAAACAAAAAGAAACAAGGGAAGAUUAAAACCUCAGUGUUGGCAGUUUGGUUCCUUUGAGCUUGAGAGUAGCCCAGAGUCCUGGCCGGCGAGAGUUUUACAGAAAAAAGAGAGAUAGCGUGUUGUGUAAACGUGCAUUGUACUGGUAGUUUCUCUGUGAAUCUGUUGUUUUCUGGAGGUAACUAAAAGUGUUUUUGCGGCGGUUCUUUGAACUAUAAACAUAGUAGUUCGCCCGACUAUAUAUAUCUGCAGACCAUAGUUUCUAUC